GUGCCCUGUCGUUUGUGCUAGUUAGUUUGGUUGACCUCCCAGCCUCAUUGCCUCAUUCCCACCCUAGUCAGUCGUGCAUACAUCACAAACUCAAAAAAUUAACUUGAAUAUUUUUUAUAAAAUGGAGUCCACAUACGCAAGUCUCGAGGAGAAAAUGAAAUCGUACGUAACACCGGAAGAAUAUGACUUCAAUUACACCGCAGCCGAGAGAAAGACAAUCACAGAGCUGAAGCAACUCUAUUUAGAGACUAUUAAGUUGGAUGUUUCCAUGCAGCGUGACAUCUACAAGAUGGAGAAGAGCUACGAGGAUCGUCAAAAUGCCAUCUACGAGGAGCGCAGGAAGAUACUAGAUGAAUUUCGAAAACAAAACCAUGGGGACUCAAACGAAAAUGUGAAAAACUUUUGGCUUAACGUACUCAAAGUAGCUUGCACAGAGUUGAUAACCAAGGAGGAUGAGAAGAUUUUGAUAUUUUUGUCCGACGUUCGAUCCAAACUUUAUGUUGAAGACAUGGUCAAGUUCGACAUAGAUUUUCAUUUUGAUAAGAAUGAAUACUUUAGUAAUAAAGUUCUGAAGAAGACGUAUUUCUUCAACUGCCUGCCGGAUCCAAAGGAUCCUUUAUUGUUUGAUGGUGCAGAGAUCUUCAAGUGCGAAGGCUGUACUAUUGAUUGGAAGACACCAAAGAGUCGUGAUAAGAACGAAACUUCUUUCUUUGACUUCUUUUCCCCUCCCACUUUGCCGGAGGACACCGAAGAUGAGCAUUAUAUUGACAUUCACACAAUACUGAACAAUGACUUUGAGAUGGGUUUCUACCUUAAAGAGCGCGUUAUCCCCAAGGCGGUGAUCUUCUUCACAGGCGAGAUUGUUGACUGUCAGAGCACCAGCGAUUCAGAAGAAGAUUCAGAUGCUGAAGAGGAAGAGACUUCCCCCAAUGCCACUGGCUAGUAAAGUCCAAAUAUUUAGACAUUUGAGAUCCCUGUACACCCAAGAAUAACUGAAAUAUUAAUUGGUUUGUCCUUACAUUAUCUACCGAGCUACCAAAUAAACAUUUCAUUGUACGUA